AUGAGUCUGGUUGACAUGUUGCGUUUCAAUGCAACACAAAUGUUCAUCAAGGCAUUCGACAGCGUUGCCUCGGACUACCCCGUCGAUAACAUCACCCUGUUGACAUUGGCAAUCGACUACAACAACGCAACAGUAUUCAACCAUCUCAUCAACAGACAGCUGAUUCGCAUCAAACUUGAUUGGAGAUUGUUCCUUCAUGGCAACAUUGACCUACUUCGAUCCUACCUCGCAGCCACCGGCCACCGAGGGCUGCCCAACCAUAUGGUGGCCAACCUACCAUUUGCUGUUGACUCGGGCAACGUCGAACGAGGAGUCCGAGUUGAAAUGCUCCGAGUGCUGCACGAGCUCCACUGUCUGUUUGAGCUUGUUGGCAUCUGGGAGCCCGCACUUCAACGUUCUGCCAAGUCCAAUAUGAUGGACAGUGUUCAAUACAUACUAGACAACAAGCCGCCUCCACUGAGUCUCUCACACACACUCCUCGGUGUUUGUCUUCAACAAUGUGCCAAGCAUGGCAAUGUCGACAUGUUCCAAGCAUUCAUCAGGACAUCCGAUGGCAAUGAGUACCUCAACAAUCGUGAUAUCACACCAAUCAUUAGGAAGGCGGCCACACGUGGUCAACAAUCAUUCAUCAAGUAUCUCUUGAAGCAUCAUGUUGGCAAAGACCACAUCACCAAGGAUUGUGAGACACAGAUCCACAUCUUGUGUCAGAUGCCCACCACAACAGGUAUAUCAAUCCACAUGGCAAUGGGAUCAUUCGACAUGGUCCAGCUUCACAGCGAACAAUUGGCGGGGUACAUUCGAAACGAUGACAUAGAAGCAGUAGACGUGCUCCUCUCCUCCUCCGACAUUACUGUCAACUUGACUUUAAAGAUGUGUCAAAUGAUGUCCAAGUCGAUGGCAACACUCAUAUUUAGUCGUCAAAGGACCAACAAGUUACGAUUUGGUUCAAAAACGUUGGGCAACAUUGUGAGUGCCGGCGCACUACCGGGCAGCAACAUCACAGUGAAACUCAUCCUCGAUACAAUUGACACUCGAUUAUAUGUGGAGGACAAUCUCCGACAUGUUAUGGAGUCCGCAAGCUGCUACUCUGCUGCACUGAUGCAGCGCCUCCACUCCAUCCACAGCGUUGAUUACCAUAAUAGUGACUGCCUGGCAAAAGCGUUGGAGAAUAGAUGCCACGAGGCCAUGUCGUUGAUUUUCAAGCGACAGUGCAUUGGCGAAAAGAUUUUUUAUGACCAUCGUGAGGCCAGGACACAGGCAUUCUGUAUUGUGUCCAAAGCACCAUUGUCCGAGGUGACAUUCAUUUUGGAACACAUGAGCAACAUCAGACGCAAUGUCGAGGUGUGUGCGUGGGCCGCUAGCAAUCCGCAUCCAGAUGUGCUUGAACAUGUCAUUGGCCUAUUCACUGGCGAGCAACUCAGUGAUGGCGAGUUGGUCGCCCGAAUACUCAACGAGGCACUCACGAGUAACAGUAUAGAAAAUGUACGCAUCCUACAACGACACUUUGAACAACCUCAGCUUCACCAAACCGAACCACUGGUCAAGCCAAAGUUGAGUGUACUUCACUCAAUGGCCAGACAGAAUUGCUAUCUCACACUGGAGCACUACCUCAGCUCGACAACAUUCACUAGCCAACCUUCGCUACACCAACUGCGAACACUCCACUCAAUCCUCAAUGUUGGUUAUGAACACUCCACUCACCGAGUGAUCAAGUUGUGCUCUGAUCUGAUCCAGUCACUCACACUCAAUCAAUCAUUGACCGAGUCCACAAUGAAUGUACCAUGUAAUGUACAUCAUGCAACAUCAUUGAUGGAGACAGCAUUCCACUCGGUGUUCAAUGAUCCAAAACUUGGUAACAUGGUCAUGGAACAGAUUGGACGUGUUCACAAGUCUCUCGGCAUCGAUAGUGAAUAUCUAAUCAAAGGUGCACAGUUGAUUGACAAACAUUGUUUGAUGGAUUACCUCAAAUAUGGUGCCACUGAAUGGUUCCUCAAGUCAUUCUCUCCAUCCAAUGUUGUCUACGACUCUCCAUUGCUAGAUGAAGCACUGGUCAGGUGUGACACUCGAGCUGUCGAUGUGCUUAUGGCCAAUCCCAAGCUUGAGCUCAUCCAUGACUUGAGAUACUUUGUCAGUCAGACUGAACCAUUCUCCACUUUGGAUUUCAACGAAACGGUCAUGUCAGAAAUCAAACAUCCAUCAUUCCUUCGUAAGCUCAUUCAGUCUGGCUUUAAACCAUCAGCCAUUGACAGUGCCAUGAAUUUCGCCAAAAUCGCUCGAUCUGAUGAUGGCUGGCUCACCAAGCCAUGGGCGGUGGAAAUGCUCGAGUUGUUGACCCAGCAUGAGCUACUCUCAAACAAGCUCCAUACCCAGCUACUUUACAAGUCAAUAGAGCUCAAACAGUCCCAGAUACUCCAAUUCUAUAUACAAUCAAAUCAGAUGCCCUUGUCAAAGUUGGAAUUGGAAAAGGGAAACAUGUUCAUUACGAUGUGUUGUACAUAUGGAGUUGAGAUUGAUCAUUUGGAGGCUGCACUCAAAGGCCUUCCAUUCAAACAACUGGCACGACUCUGGGAUCAAUACAUAAAUUACGCAGCUGAGAAUGGACAUCUGGCAAUACUUCAAAAAAUACUCUCAUAUGGCUCUUGGUGCGAUCGUCUUGCAUCAGACAAGCUCUUUGGAUUACUCCCAAAGGUGUUGCAAAAUGGAUAUUUGGAUGUAGCCAACUUCAUUCUCAGUUUCCCGCAAUCCAAGAUAUCAGUGGCAAUUAAUAGCAUCCAUCACUCAAUCAUAUCCAUCGACUUGAUUGAUCGCCUGCUGACACACCCCAAUGUCAACUGUAGAUUCAAUCGUGUGUUGGGAAGUGCAGUCGAGGCUGGCAAUAAGGAGGUCAUCAAUAAGUUGUUGGGCCCACUCCCAGCCAACAGCCCCAUCAAAACGUUCUAUCGAUAUGCUUUGCAACAAGCUGCACUUGUCGGUGAUCUGGACAGCAUCAGGAGGAUAAUGGUCAUUGGAGGAGUGAAGCUAUCGGUCGAUGACCUUGGUGCCCUGGUUGAUCGAGUUGGACAGCCCAACAGCCUGGUGACAGAGGAUGUGAUCAUUGAGCUGGCCAAGUCCAAUUCAGUCGAGCCUCAAGUCGAAAGGUUUUCCACUUUGUUGACCAAGGUUGCCUCCAGCUCACUCGCAUUGGUCAAGUUGGUCACUGAGGGAUUGUCGAAAGACAUGAUCCUUACUGCUGAUGUCAACGCUGCAAUUGAGGCUUGUAUCAAUCGUGGUGACAAUGAAUCAUUGGAGAUAAUGAUCCAACUAUCUAAAACAGUAUGCCUCAAGGGGAGACCAACAGAGAGGAGAGUCUUCAGUGCCUUCAAGUUGGAGUCAUUCAACUCAUCUGCACUCAAUCAUCUGUUUGAUCAUGGACAUAUCAGUGUGGAUGAUGCCAAGUCUGAGGCUCUGACAGAGUUGGUGGACUGGGCUUGCGAGGAGGGAAAGUUGGACAUCUUGCAUUUACCUUUUCGAAGGCGAUGA